AUGAAAUCUGCUGUAUUGAUCCUUCUUUUCUCUGCCACCUUAUGCUUUGCCGCAUCUCCACUCCAAUGCCAGUUUGGAGAAAUCUAUAGAGAAUGUGCAACUUGUGAGCCAACUUGUGCAGAACCUAAUCCUAUUUGUACUCAGGAAUGUCGUCCUGCUGCUUGUCAAUGUGCUCCUGGCUUGGUCCGACAUCGAGGAAGAUGCAUCCAACCAUUACUCUGCCAAGCUCCCAUCACCCAAUGUGGUAUAAACGAAGUCUACAACGAGUGUGGUAGUAUGUGCGAGCCUCAAUGUAACAUGAUCCUUGGAGUAGUUGUGAGACCUCAAGGAUGCAUCGCAGUGUGCAGGGCAGGAUGCGAAUGCGCCGCUGGACAUGUCAGAAUCAACGGGGUCUGCUUAUCAGAAACCAUCUGUAGAAGAUACUUUUGA